AUGAUCGUUUCCAAUUCAAAAAUCUUACGUCAUAUCAAACAAAUCGAAAUUGGUAAAUAUGAAUGUGGUCUAGUAAUUCCAAUACCAACAAUGACUUUUCAAUUUCGUUUUACUUCAUUAUAUUUAUUGAAAUUAUCUUUUAUUUCAUUAUCUCCGUUAUUUAUAACCAGCUUAUUCAAUUGUGUUUCCCAUACAUUACAAAAAUUAAUUUUAUCAGUAAAGUUUUCUUCCGGAAUAAAUAUAAAGAAAGAACUUAUGAAUCCAGUGCAAUCCUGUCUUUGUCUUCUCUCAUCAUUACAUCUUCUUCCUAAUUUAAUACAUUUCUUUCUUCUUGUUUCAUCAAGUACAAGAAUUGAAUUUGAUAUUGAGAAAUAUUUUCAAAAGUUAACAAAAUUACAAAAAUUAAUUAUUCGAUUAGAUCAUUAUAUGAAUCAAAGAACUCCAGUGAAACAAUUAACUUCAAUUCAUUAUCUUCCUAAUUUAAAACAUCUAGAAUGGUUUGAAAUAGUACCAGAUGAUUUACAAAUAUUAUCAUCUAUCCCAUGUUUACCUCCAUUACAAUAUAUUCAUCUUCAACAUACUUUGAUUACAAAUGAAAUUUUAUAUUAUUUAAGUAAAAUAUCAACGAUUACAUCAUUAAAAUCAGAUCGAUUUUCACCUAUACAAAGUAAAUUAAAUCUUAUUGGCUUUAAUUAUUUACUUUCAUUAAAAGAAACAUUGAAAGAAUUGGAAAUAAGUGCUAAAAAUAUUAUACAUGAUGAAUUAAUGAUCGUUCAACAACCAACAGAAGCUGAUUGUACUGAAGAUGAAUAUGAAGUACACUUAACUUUUGAACAUGUUAAUAUUUUCAAACAAUUUAUUCAUCUAACAACUCUAUCAUUGAAUAAAAUAAGGAUAUCAACAAAAGAUAUAGACGAUUUAUUAUCAAGUAUGGCUUAUCAUAACAAAUUAAAAAUCUUAAAUUUAGAAUCUGUUUGUUUUCCAUCAUUUACAAUUUUAUCAACAAUGAUCAGUCUAGAAGAAUUAUCAUUAUCAUAUCCAUACAAUAGACAUCAAGAAGAAUAUACAGAUAAAGAUUUAUUCAAAUUAUAUUCAUUGAAAAACUUAAAAGUAUUAAUAUUAUAUCAUAGUAUUAACUUAACAAAAAUGACAAGACAACAAUUAAAAAGAGAUGAUAAUUUAAUAUUUGAACAUCUAGAAGAGUUUAUUUAUAAUGAUGAUACUGACAAUCAUGAUGACAACGAAGAAGAUUGUGAUGAAUGA